UAUUAGCGCCCUCUCACAGGACAAAGACACAUGUUAAGCCCCAUGAUCAUCGAGGGUGCCUUGGACCUAUUCAUAUCCCUAGUAGGCCUCAUGUGCAUGAUAGGGAUGUGCCCAUGGGACGUUUAAAAGUUGAAUAGUCAACUAUUCAUUCACCACAGAAAGUCGCCCUCUUUUCUAGCCAUCUAAAGUGAUCCUCAAUUAUUCGUCGCAAUGCCUUGGGAGCCAAUAAAGCUGAAUUCUGGAUACGAUAUUCCUAGUAUCGGAUUCGGUACUUGGAAGACGGGCAAAGGUCAAGGACCUGUCGACCAGAUCAAACAAGCUAUGAACAACGGAUUCAACCAUAUCGACACGGCGCAAAACUACGGGAACGAAAUAGAAACCGGCAUUGCUUUGAAAGAAAGCGGACUUCCUCGCUCAGACGUCUUUGUGACAACCAAGUACUCCCGUGUAAACAAUCUUGACGUCCCGACUUCCAUCAAGAAUAGUGUCAACAACCUUGGGGUAUCGUAUGUCGACCUUUAUCUGAUCCACUCUCCCCGUUGGGUAGCACCUGACAUUCCCACAUGUUGGGCACAAAUGGAAAAGGUUCAGGAAGACGGACUUGCCAAGAGCAUUGGUAUCAGCAACUUUAGUGUCCAAGACAUGGAACUUUUGAUGGCAUCUGCGAAAGUCAAACCUGCGGUCAACCAGAUUCUCCUUCACCCAUAUGUCUACCAGCGACAGAAACCUAUUCUUGAAUAUGCUGCAAAGAAUGGAAUCGUUAUCGAAGCCUACAGCGCACUGAUCCCCAUCACAAAGUUACCCGGCGGUCCUCUGGACAAACCGUUGAACGAAAUUGCCGCAAAGUUCGGUGCAACGCCCGAACAAGUUCUCAUGGCGUGGACGAAAGCCAAGGGCGCCGUCGUAGUCACCGGAAGCUCAAAGGAGAUGCGCCUGCGGAGUUACCUCGCGGCAGGUGAUAUAGCUUUGUCUCCCGAGGACAUUGCUGUCAUUGACGCUGCGGGCGCUUUGGGCCGAGGAGAAAUGAAUGUAAAGACUAUAUUGAGAAGGGUUGUCGUUUGGUUGUUGUAGGUGCAAUCGCUUGUGCCGCACUCUCCAGUGCAUACAACCUCCUCGGCAUUCGCAUGUAAAGUGACUUAGCCAUUGACAAAUACUCAAAUACCACCAGCACUGGUGCACACUGCGCCGCCAAUGCAGC